AUGUUACGUCACUUGACAGAUAUCUUGAAAUGGAAGCUGAAAUUCUUAAAAAAGGACAGCGACGAAGAGAUACAGUUUCUGUUCGCGAGUAUUAUUGUUACAAAUUACAAAUUAGAAAUGAUGAUGAAGAUGAAAUAUUGCAUACUGAAAGAAUAUUUCAAUAAUAUUCAGUUGAUGAAUACAUUAAACUCGAAACACAAAAGGUUGGAUUUCGCAGCGUUCAAUCAAGAUUUAUUCAGGAUGGCUAUGCUACAAGGACUUCUUGACAUCUUGCGAUUAGGUGAACGCGAUGCUUCUAGUAUCGGGAAACAAAAUUUCCUUCCAAGCUCUUUUAUUGGAGGGCCCCGGGAUAUGCGACAAUGGUACAUGGAUGCUAUUGUGUUCGUGCAACAUUUCGGUGAACCUGAUUUAUUUAUAACUAUGGCAUAUAAUCCCUCUUGGACGGAAAUAAAGGAACAUUUAAUCUCAAUUAAUAAGGCACAUAAUAGGCCUGAUUUGAUCAGCCGAGUAUUUAGAGCGAAAAUAGAAGAAUUCAAAAAGGAUAUAGUAAAGCGAAAUAUCUUUGGAAAGGUAGUAGCUCUUAUGUAUACUGUAGAGUUCCAAAAGCGAGGUUUACCACACACUCAUUUUCUUAUAAUAUUAACUAAUGAAUACAAGUUACUUACCCCAAAGGCUUACGAUAAUAUUAUUUAUGCUGAAAUACCUGAUGAAAAUGCAGAACCAAAUUUAUAUUCGCUUGUUCUUAAACACAUGAUGCAUGGUCAAUGCGGUAAUCUAAACCCAACAAAUUCUUGUAUGAAGAAAAAAGGUUACUGUAAAUUCAAAUAUCCAAAAAGCUUUGCGGACCAGACAUCAAAAAGAGUAGAAUCUUACCCAAUUUAUAGAAGAUGCAAUACAGGACUGGUGGUUAAAAUAAGAGAACAAUACUUGGAUAACUCAUGGGUUGUUCCAUAUAAUCUUUUUUUGCUCGGUAAAUUUGACUGCCAUGUGAAUGUUGAGAUAUGCUCUGAUAUUAAAGUCGUUAAGUAUCUCUAUAAGUAUAUAUGUAAAGGACAUGACAAGAUUGAAUUUUCAGUACAUAAUAAUGGCACAAAUGCAGAAGUAGAUGAAAUAAAGGAAUAUCGGUCUGCUAGAUGGGUGUCGCCUCCCGAAGCUAUGUGGAGCUUGUACGGUUUCUCCAUUAGUGAAAUGUCACCGACUGUAUGCUCUCUUCAACUUCAUCUUAAAGGACAACAAUUUAUUUCAUUCAGAAGCAGCGCAAAUAUAGAUACACUUGUAAAGAAUCUGUUGAUUAAGCGGACGAUGUUAACACAAUUUUUCGAAAUGAAUAGAACAAAUGCAGAGGCUAUAGAUCUCAAUCUAUUAUAUCGGGAAUUCCUUGAACAUUUUGUUUGGUCUUCAACAGAGAGGAUGUGGACACCUCGAAAACAACGACGUGCUAUUGGUCGUGUUGUAACAUGUCAUCCAACAGAAGGUGAGCGAUAUUAUCUUAGAAUGCUAUUAAUGACUAUUAGAGGACCAAAAUCAUAUAAGGAUUUACUAACUGUUAAUGGAGAACGUUGCCAGCACCUUUAG